GUUUCCAUAGAGACCUUCAAAGAAACAGAAACAGAGAGAAAGAGAGAGAGAUCGAUCGGCCAUGGCGGCAUCACGAUUGAAGCCCUUGGCCGCGGUGGUGGCGGCCACCGGCGCUUCCUUGGCGGCGAUUUCACUGGCUCAGACUCCGGCCACGGCGAGUGACCGUGGCAGCCUCGAGGCUGUUCGGCGGAAGCUCGCUGAUCCCACGGUAAUGGUGCCUCCCAGAGAAGUCCAGGAGUCGGCCUUGAUUGGUUCGAGUCCUACCAGUCCCCUCGAUAUGCUUGUCGUUGGCGGUGGUGCCACCGGGUGCGGCGUUGCCCUUGAUGCCGUUUCGCGUGGGCUUCGUGUUGGACUUGUUGAGCGGGAGGAUUUUUCGUCUGGGACCUCGUCUCGAUCCACGAAGCUCAUCCAUGGAGGAGUUCGCUACUUGGAAAAGGCUGUUUUCAAUCUUGACUAUGGACAGUUAAAACUUGUUUUCCAUGCGCUUAGGGAGAGGAAACAGGUUAUUGAGAAUGCCCCACACUUGUGCCAUGCCUUGCCAUGCAUGACCCCGUGUUUUGACUGGAUUGAAGCAGUUUAUUAUUGGAUUGGACUGAAAAUGUAUGAUCUCGUUGCUGGUAGAAGGAUGCUGCAUUUGUCACGAUAUUAUUCUGAAGAGGAAUCAGCUGAACUUUUUCCUACGUUAGCUAGAAAAGGUCAUGGUAGAAGCUUGAAAGGAACAGUGGUGUACUAUGACGGGCAAAUGAACGAUUCUCGGCUAAAUGUUGGCUUAGCUUGUUCUGCUGCAUUACUGGGUGCGGCGGUGCUCAACUAUGCAGAAGUAAUUUCCUUUAUCAAGGAUGAAUUCGGUGAGCGGGUAAUCGGAGCACGUAUCCAUGAUAAACAAUCAGGCAAAGAGUUUGACACUUAUGCAAAAGUCAUUGUGAAUGCCGCUGGACCAUUUUGUGACUCAGUGAGAAAGAUGGCUAACAAAGAUGCACCCACAAUGAUUUGUCCUAGUAGUGGUGUGCACAUAGUGCUUCCUGAUUACUACUCUCCUGAAGGAAUGGGACUAAUUGUUCCAAAAACUAAGGAUGGUCGAGUUGUUUUUAUGUUGCCGUGGCUUGGAAGGACAGUCGCUGGCACUACAGAUUCUAGCACUUCAAUUACUAUGCUACCAGAACCACAUGAAGAUGAGAUACAGUUUAUAUUAGAUGCUAUAUCUGAUUACCUCAAUGUUCAGGUACGGCGAGUUGAUGUUCUUUCUGCAUGGAGUGGGAUCCGCCCCCUGGCGGUGGAUCCAUCAGCAAAAAAUACUGAGAGUAUUUCUAGAGAUCAUGUUGUAUGUGAGGAUUAUCCUGGUUUAAUUACGAUAACUGGUGGAAAGUGGACCACCUACAGAAGCAUGGCUGAAGAUGCAGUCGAUGCAGCAAUAAAAGCCGGCAAGUUGAACCCAACCAAUGGCUGUUUAACAGACAACCUUCGUAUUGUCGGUGCGUAUGAUUGGGAUCCUGCAUCAUUCACUGUGCUUGCUCAACAUUAUGUGCGCAUGAAAAAGACAUACGGUGGAAAGGUUAUUCCUGGGGUCAUGGACAGUGCUAUCUCCAAGCAUCUGUCUCACGCAUAUGGGACUUUAGCUGAACGUGUGGCCAUUAUUGCUCAGAAUGAGAAUUUAGGAAAGCGGCUUGCCCAUGGGUAUCCUUUCUUGGAGGCUGAGGUGGCAUAUUGUGCAAGAAACGAAUACUGUGAAUCUGCCAUUGAUUUCCUCGCCAGAAGAUCUCGGCUUGCAUUUCUUGACACUGACGCUGCAAGCCGAGCAUUGCCUCGUGUGAUUCAAAUUUUGGCUGCUGAACACAAGUGGGAGAAGGCAAGACAGAAGCUAGAGAUGCAGAAGGCUAAAGAAUUCCUUGAAACUUUCAAGUCAUCCAAAAAUGCGCAAUUUCGUGAUGGCAAGCACACAGGGCAGUGAACUUGUGUGUGACAUACUUAUCCGCAUCAACUCAUCGACCAAAACUGAUCGAAACUCUGCUUUGCAUAGCGGACUUACCCGACAAUAAUAAUCUCAUGAACACCUAUGGUUAUUUUGAUUCCAAAUCAGAUAUGCAAAGUUCCCGUAUUAACUAACAUGCAUAAAAAAGUAGUGAUUUAUACACACGUCUGUGAUGCCCAAUUAACAACAUUCUUGGCACCACUGCACAGUAUUUCACUUUUCCUUUCAUGAGUCCACAAGUAAAUAAAAAUAUAUAUAUAUAUAUAUAUUUAUUCACUUUUUUACAUUU